AGCCUAUCCUCAGCUGACGGUGAAGGCUACGGUCCUGGCACAGCGUCCAGCUUCAGGAGGGGGAGUUUUACACAGCUCAAAAGGUUGGAAAGCCUUCCCCGCUGAAGCCUUUCAAGCGCACACCGUGGAUUACAACGGGAAACUUUUUCACGAUGGCACUGAGCGUGGAAAAGUAGCGCGAGAAGCAUCCGCCGCAGAAAACGGAGCCUCUCUCGCUGCAAAGCAACAACUCCUGCUUAGAUGCACGAACACUGCUGAGGAAAAAAAAUAUGCUCCAGCCCAGCCUCUGCAGCAGCACCAAGAACCCCGGCUUCAAGCGCAGAUUCCCCGUCUUUUAACCACUUUCCCGUCGGCCCAUCACCCGGUUCGGUUCCAAAGCCUCUAAGCCUGCAGAGUCCGCCGUCAGAAAACCGAGCCUCCAGCAGCCGGAGAGCCAUGGCAGGGAAACUGACAGCCGCGCAGGACGCAGGGAUACUGCUGGUGACAGCCAACGUUGGAUCUCUGUUCGAAGAUCUUGAAAAUCUGAAGAAGACGUGGCUGAAAGAAUUUUACCAGACAGUACAAAUGCACAAGCCCCACUUCAUUGCCAUCCACUGCCAGGAGCUGGGUGGGAAGAGUGCAGAGACAUCAGCUUCAGAUGUCAACAGUUUUGUAAACGAGCUGUUCUACAGUGAUCCCAUGAAGGAGUUCACCAGAGCCCGUGCCUACCUCGAUCAGAACUACAGUUCCCCGGAGCUUUUCACAGCUCUUGGAAGUAUGUACUUUAUCCACGAUUCGUUGAAAAACAUCCGUCAGUUUGAUUUCGAAGCCAAACAAUUUCAGAAGUUAACUGGGAGGGAAAUCUGCGCAGAGAAACUACACAGCUCACCCAUGGUGGAGAGGGAGAAGUUUCCAAAGGAUUACUAUCCAGGGUCCAAGUUCUCCAGAAAAGGAUUCAUCAGAACUCGAUGGUCCCUGGCUGACUGUGCCUUCGAUCUGGUCAACAUCCACCUUUUCCACGACGCGAACAACGUUGUGGCCUGGGAGGAAAGUCCUUCCUCUUAUUCUGGGAUGAGGCAGAAGGCGCUGCGCUUUGUUUUAGACAGGAUCACAGACCAACGAUAUGACAAGCUGCCUUACUUCCUCUUUGGGGACUUUAACUUCAGGUUGGACUCCAGGACCUUAUUUGACACUCUCUGUUCUGCUGCCACCAUGCAGGCCGUCAAAGACCCCAACACCAAUGAAGUGGACAGGCUAAUAUUCAGAGAAAGUGGUAAUGAUCAAAAGGUUAUUCUACAAGUUCAAAAGAAGACUUUUGAAUAUGUCAACCAGAACAUUUUCCGGGAAAACAAUGGGACCUCACUUUUAGAGUUUGACAAGGAGCUGUCGGUGUUCAAGGAUCGGCUGCAUGAGCUGGAAAUCUCUUUCCCUCCCAGUUAUCCGUACAGUGAGGACCGGCAUCACGGGAAGCAGUACAUGAACACCAGAUGCCCCGCCUGGUGUGACCGAAUCCUUAUGUCACCUUCAGCUAAAGACCUGGUUGUAAAGCCAGAAAAUGAGGAGAAGUCUAUAUUGUAUGAUAACAUUGGGCCAAAUGUCUGCAUGGGGGACCACAAGCCCGUCUUCCUGUCCUUCCGAUUACCAUCGCGGGCAGGUAAACCUAAUGAAAAUAAGCGCAAGUGUUGUGUGGUGCAGUAAUUUCGUGGGAAUUCUUGCCAAAGGGGGUUAGAACAUAUUCCAUGAAGAGCCCCUGUGAAAACACCGGGGAGAAAAAAUACACACGCACAAACACACACACGCACACCCAGUUUGCACAAGCACACACUGAAGAUCCCAGACAAGCUUCUUUUAUUUUCAGCAGCGCUGAGUUUUUUUUCCGGACGGCUCAUCCGCUCCGUUCUCUCUCCAUAAAACACUUGUCGAGAUGCGGACGAGCACCCGAAGAGGGCCCCGGCUCUGUGCAAGAGAUGCACAUUGCUGACCUCAACGUUGCCAUGCAACCCAAAUACCCCAGAAGAAGAAGAAGAAAAAAAGACAAUCAAGGCAAUGAAUAAACCACCCCUUUUUUUCUUUUUUUUUUUGUUCAUGCCACAGCCUCAUUUCCAGAACUCUAAUCUAGAUCAGACAUACUACAUGCUUUUAGACACCGUUUACUGGCCAUGCUUAGGUAUGCCUAUAUGUAUAAAAGCUACUUUCCAGACAAUAUGUAAUGUGUUUUAAAAAA